GGAUAUUUCGGGCUCCACCCUUUCACAGCGCUACCUGAUUUGCAUAAUUCAAAAUGGCGCUGAGUGAAAUGUGAUCUGUGGGUACUGAUAAAUUUAAGUGAGAUGAACUGAACCCGGAUUGAGUCUAUUGUUUGGAGUGAAAGCAGAGAUGAGCGAGAGCUAUACAUGUGCGAGGAGUGAAGUAAAGGUUAUUAAAAUGGAAUUCGGCAAGCGACCACGCAAGAACGAUGCACCGGCUGCAAUGCAGUUAGUUUGGGAGAAUGGGAGUGAUUUUGAUUACUCCAGUGGGAGCGAGGAUCUGGAUUUGGAGGAUGAAGAGGUUUUGGAUCCCACUUUCACAGUAGUUACUGGAGAAGAAUCCAGCGACACUGAAGCUGCAAGCUCCAGUGUGCAAGCAGAGGUCUCUCUUGGAGGAAGAGGUGGAGGUCAUGGAUCUGGUCGGGCAAGUAAGAGAGGCAGAGUUGCAUCCUCCAGCUCUCGGGUGUGUACUGUACAGGAGAGCUGGUGCACUGAAGACAGGCAGCCACAUACGUUCCCAUUCACUGGUGUUCCUGGGAUAAAUAUAAGAAUCAGGGCUGAUGCCACAGAGCUGGAUUAUCUGAAGCUGUUUCUCACCCCUGAUGUGCUGGAGAACAUUCAGAAGCAGACCAAUACAUUUGCCCAGAAACAGAUAAUGAAAAUACCAGCUGAUAAACUCCAUACAAGAAUGAGGGGUUGGGAAAAUGUCACCUUAGAUGGCCUGUGGCAGUUUUUUGGGCUUUCAUUCUUGAUGGGGAUAGUGAAGAAGCCCUCUCUCGACAGCUACUGGUCUGGAGACCCCACCAUCAGCACUCCCUUCUUUGGCAACACCAUGAGCCAGAACCGCUACAAGCAAAUCCUUCAGGCACUGCACUUCCAGGACAAUGAAGCUGUCAGGCCUGAAAAUGAUUGCCUCUGGAAAAUCCGCCCCUUUUUCGACCGCAUCACAACCUUAUUCACCAGCGUCUACACACCUGCUCAGGAGAUUUCAGUUGAUGAGUCUCUCUUGCUGUACAAAGGAAGGCUUUAUUUCAAGCAGUACAUCCCAAACAAACAGGCACACUUUGGGGUGAAGUCGUAUGAGCUUUGUGAGGCAAAGACAGGCUACACAUGGAAAUACAUGCUGUAUUCUGGGCAAGACCAGCAACUGCUUGAUGGUCAACAUGGUUCUAGUUUCGGUGUUGUGAUGGAGCUCAUGAAGGGGCUGUUGGAUAAGGGGUACAGAUUAGCUGUAGACCACCACUUCAACAGUCCUGAACUGUGUCUGUCUCUGUAUGACAGGAAGACACAUUGUCUGGGUACGGUGCGUGGUAAUCGCCGUGGUAUGCCCAAAGAUUUGCACAUGAAAUUAGAUGGAACGUCACUGCAGAAAGGAGAGGUAACUUACCGCACCACUGAUAAGCUGAUGGCACUGUGCUGGCGUGACUGGAAUUGCGUCACCAUGCUUUCGAACUGCAAUGAUGCCAGUAUGGUAGAUACAGGAAAGAAGACCAAUGAAGGCCAACCCAUCCACAAAGCCCAGGUCAUUGGGGAUUAUAAUGCCAUCAUGGGAGGAGUUGACAGAAGCAACCAGCUGCUGAAGUACUACGGUUUUCUGUGGAAAGCCAUCAAAUGGUACAAAAAGCUUGCCUUCCAUCUUAUUGAUGUGGCGAUUCUUAAUGCACACAUAUUAUACUCGCAGAAGCAACAGAAACCACCAACUCUACUUUCCUUUCGCAUGAACUUAGUGAAGCAAAUUCUGCAACAAAGUCGUGCAGACCCCAGUGCAGGCGAUCAGGGAGGCAGGCCAGGCACCACAGUACAUCCGGUGAGGCUGACUGCUCGCCAUUUCCCCAGCCUUAUCCUCUCCAAAUCCAAAGAGCACAAGGCAGUGUUUCGGCAGUGCGUCAUGUGCAACCAGGGGUCUGGGCACCGACACCAGAAGGGUGAGUCCAGAAAGCGGGUGGAGACCAAGUACCACUGCGUACCUUGUGGGAACAUUUCACUUUGCGCUGCACCUUGUUUUGAAUUCUGGCACACACCAUAAAAUAAAACGAAACUGUG